AUGGCUGCUUCAGUGAUGUUUUCAUCGGUAACAUUGAAACCGGCUGGUUUCACGGUGGAGAAGAUCUCUGCGAGAGGAUUACCGUCGCUCACAAGAGCUCCUUCUUCCUUCAAAAUCGUUGCUAGUGGCGUUAAGAAGAUCAAGACCGACAAACCCUUUGGAGUUAACGGCAGCAUGGACUUGAGGGACGGCGUUGACGCCUCCGGCAGAAAGGGCAAGGGAUACGGUGUUUACAAAUUCGUCGACAAGUACGGAGCUAACGUGGAUGGAUACAGUCCUAUUUACAACGAGGAGGAGUGGUCAGCAAGUGGUGAUGUGUACAAGGGAGGAGUCACCGGAUUGGCUAUUUGGGCAGUGACACUCGCAGGAAUUCUCGCCGGGGGAGCUCUUCUUGUGUACAACACAAGUGCCUUGGCUCAGUGCAUCAGAACUUGA